ACCUCAAUGGUCUGAUAUCGUAGUCUGAAAAAACUGAACUAUCGAAAAACUAGCGAAAUUCCGAUUCGCUCGAUAGCUGGACAAUCGACAGUCAAAAACUAGCGACAGUAUCGCUUAUGGCCAUCGCCAUCAUAACUGUGUACCAUAGUUAUAGCGUUAUAGUUAUGGUUAUGAGUGUAUGAGUGUUCCUACGCGUGUAACUUUCAGAAUGGCGCUUUGUACGUGGUCCGUGGUUGUUGGCUGUUAGUCAUGCAUGUUUUUCUUUUUUUGCUUGAGCGUACACUUUAACAUCAUAUCGUCAUAGCCAAGGGAUAGUGAAACACAAGAAACAGAACAGGGACAUACAGUUUGGGGCUGGUAUGGCUGCCCCCAUUUAGUAGAUGCGAAUGGAAAUGAGCAGUGUCCAGGGCGACCAAAACAUUUCGCUGAGGGAUAGGUCGAGGAUACAAGAGGGAAUCUCCCGUUUGAGCCUGAGCAGUGACGAAGGUUUUGAUGUUGGUGAGGGUGAUAGCUUACUUGAAAACCACUCCAGCAACCUUCAGGGAAAAAAGGCUACAACUGGCUGUUGCAGUUGCCUCACUUCAUUAUUGCGCAGUCUGUGCAGAAGUAUGGCCUUGAACUGUUGUGGUGCGCACGAGUAUCACCCUAGGACUGUUGUUCUGGGCAGGCCUUCGAUAGAAAAAUUCCCACUCAACAAAAUAUGCAACCAGAAGUACAACAUCUUUACAUUUGUUCCCAUUGUGCUUUUUAAUCAGUUCAAGUUCUUCCUCAACCUGUACUUCUUAAUAGUCUGCCUAUCCCAGUUCAUUCCUGACAUUCGGAUUGGCUACUUGUACACAUACUGGGGUCCAUUGGGAUUUGUUUUGACAGUGACACUCAUCAGGGAGUUUAUUGAUGAUUGUCGGAGGUAUGCAAGAGACCGAGAAGUAAACUCCCAGAAGUUCCGAAAGUUGACUCCACAUGGCAUCACAUACAUUUCAAGCUCAGAUAUAAAAGUGUCGGACCUUAUUAUGAUUGAGAAGAAUCACAGAGUUCCAGCAGACAUGGUGUUCUUACGAACUACAGAGAAGAGUGGAUCAUGCUUUAUAAGAACUGAUCAGUUAGAUGGUGAAACAGAUUGGAAGCUUCGAGUGGCUGUUGAUACGACGCAGAGACUGUCAAGUACUGAGGAAAUGUUUGAAAUUGAAGCCUCUGUGUAUGCUGAAGAACCUAAGAAGGACAUUCACUCUUUUAUAGGGAAGUUCACACGUCAUGAUGGAGAAGGCUCUGAAGAUGCCCUAAAUAUUGAAAACACCCUAUGGGCAAACACUGUGGUAGCAUCAGGCACAGCUAUUGGUAUUGUGAUCUACACAGGGCGAGAAACCAGAAGUGCAAUGAAUAACUCUGAUGCGAGAAGUAAGGUUGGGCUGUUAGACUUAGAAAUUAACCAGUUGACCAAAGUAUGUGUUGCUGCUGUGGUAGGCCUUGCAUUAGUCAUGAUUUUGGUCAAGGGCUUUGAUGGGCCUUGGCACCGUUACUUUUUGAGAUUUGUACUUCUGUUUUCCUAUAUUGUGCCUAUCAGCUUACGUGUGACCCUUGAUAUGGGCAAGAUGGUAUAUUCCUGGAUGAUUCAACAAGAUGGAGAUAUACCUGGAACGGUGGUGCGAUCAACAACCAUCCCUGAAGAGCUGGGAAGGAUAGUAUACUUGCUAACUGACAAAACAGGAACUCUGACUAAAAACGAAAUGGUGUUCAAGAAGCUCCACCUAGGCUCAGUGUCAUACUCGUCGGAGUCUUUUGGAGACGUGGCAGCCCACCUGAAGGCGGUCUACGCACCUCUUGCUGCUGGUUCAGCUGGAGGCAGUGGAGCUUCAACUGGUGCAGGAGCUCGGGUGCGUCGCACUAUGGCUGGCCGUGUCCAAGAAGCAGUGCGUGCAAUUGCGCUGUGCCACAAUGUAACUCCUAUUUAUGAAGCAGCUGUUCCUGGCAGCGACAAUGAUGGUGACACUGAGGCAGAUCAACACAGCAAGCAACCCUUUGUCUACCAGGCUUCCAGUCCUGAUGAGGUGGCACUGGUGUCUUGGACGGAAAGUGUUGGGCUGGAAUUGGUGUACAGAGAUCUGAGCACUAUGAAAGUGCGCACACCUCAUGGGCAGCUGCUACACUACACCAUUCUACAAACCUUUCCCUUCACUUCAGAACGAAAGCGCAUGGGAAUCAUAGUGAAGGAUGAGAGCACCAAUGAAAUAACUUUCUUCAUGAAAGGAGCCGAUGCAGUUAUGGGAUGUAUUGUUCACUACAAUGACUGGUUGGACGAAGAGUGUGGCAACAUGGCUCGAGAAGGACUCCGCACGUUGGUGGUGGCCAAGAAGAACCUAACGGAGGAGCAAUACCUUGAGUUUGAGGCCCGGUACAACCAGGCAAAGGUGUCUAUUCAAGAUAGGGCAGCACGGACUAGUGCUGUUGUUGAAACGUUGGAGAGAGACCUUGAGUUAUUGUGUUUGACUGGUGUGGAGGAUAAGCUGCAAGACAACGUCAGGUCUACAUUAGAGUCAUUAAGGAAUGCUGGCAUUAAAGUUUGGAUGCUAACUGGAGACAAACUUGAGACGGCAUCUAGCAUCGCUAAAUCAUCGUGCCUGGUAUCCCGAUCCCAAGAGCUGCAUGUAUUUGAGUCUGUUGCCAACCGCACUGAAGCUCGCUGUGAGCUGAACAAGUUUCGGCGCAGAAAUGAUUAUGCACUUAUCAUUCGGGGUGAUGCACUUGAGGUAUGCUUGAAAUUCUACCCACGAGAAUUCAUGGAGUUGGCUUGCCAGUGCCCAGCUGUUGUGUGCUGUCGCUGCUCUCCUACCCAAAAAGCUGAGGUUGUACACCUCAUUAAGCAAUAUACGGAAAAGACUACUUGUGCAGUUGGUGAUGGUGGCAAUGAUGUGAGCAUGAUUCAAGAGGCAGAUGCUGGAGUUGGCAUUGUAGGGCGAGAAGGAAACCAGGCCUCACUCGCAGCUGACUUUUCCAUUACACAGUUCCAUCAUAUUUCCCGGUUACUUCUGGUCCACGGUCGCUACAGCUAUAAGCGUUCUGCAGCCCUCAGUCAGUUUGUGAUUCACAGAGGUCUCAUAAUUUCGACAAUGCAAGCAGUCUUUUCUUCUGUGUUCUACUUUGCAUCUGUUGCGCUCUACCAGGGUCUGCUUAUGGUUGGGUAUGCAACAGUGUACACUAUGUUCCCUGUUUUCUCACUUGUUCUGGACAAAGAUAUAACACCAAGCAAUGCUGUCACCUAUCCUGAACUUUAUAAGGAACUGUCGAAAGGCCGGUCACUCUCGUUCAAAACAUUUUUCAUAUGGGUUCUAAUCAGUAUUUAUCAAGGUGGAAUCAUAAUGUAUGGUGCUCUCCUUCUCUUUGAGGAUGAGUUCAUUCAUAUUGUGUCUAUCAGCUUCACAUCGCUUAUCCUGACGGAGCUGUUGAUGGUAGCACUUACAAUUCGUACUUGGCACUGGCUCAUGAUUGCUGCCGAGAUGCUAAGUCUCGGGAUCUAUAUUGCAUCGCUCUUUGUCCUGCAUGAAUAUUUUGACACCCAGUUUAUUCAGACGCCUGCCUUCUUGUGGAAGGUAACAGUAAUCACACUAGUCAGCUGCCUUCCACUGUACGUGCUGAAGUACCUUCACCGAAAAGUUUCGCCACCCCUUUAUGCAAAGCUUGGAGAUUAGAAGAGGACAUCUGUUGUACAAUAUUUUUUAAUUGAGAAAUGGUGCAUGUGGAGUAGAGCAUAGCACCACUCUCUUACAGACAAAAAAUAGACAGGGAUACUUUGUGAAGCAAUGUUUAUGCUGUGUGUAUGCACUGCUUUUAAUAUGUGCAUUGAAUAGUAAAAUACUGCUACACAGUGUGCGAAAGAUGGUUUGUAGCACUAACUUGAAUAUACACACUUUGGAAAAUGACAACUGCCUGUGUGUACCUAUGGAAGUAAUGUCCACUUUCAGAGAUCUUUUUUACUAAACAUACCUACCACAGUCCCUUUUCUGCUUUACAGAUGCUUCUAUCGUAUAUCAGUAUUGGCCAUGUCAGUAAGGGCUGUGUUUUCUGGCUACACAUGUGAUGUGGAGUGUAAUCUCUCUUGCAACUGAUAUAUGCCACAUGUCCAGUGUGUAGUGUGUUCAAGUCUUGAACAGUAACAGUGGAUGCAGCACAAAAGCUGAAUGUACAAUAGCUCAUGAAAUGUCAAACAUAUUUUGCUGAUUCAUGAUUCCAGUGCUACAGCAUAUGGAUUUGUCCAGAAGAUUAAAACAAGACAUUGAUUCUAUUACACAAAAAUGUCAUGGGGGCCUUGCUGCAAGUAUCAUGACCCUUCUGGUAUAACAUGAGUGAGAAUGUAAAAGUUGCAUUGAACCUUCGACAACAGAGUGUAUAAAUCAUCCACAUGACUUUUCCUUCACGGUGCUCAACCUAGUUCUUUGACGCUAACAGAGAAAAGGAGCAAGUUCUUUGUUAUCCAGAAAAGAACUGUGUCCUCUGCAACAUCUGUGCAUGCCAGGCAAGUGAAACUGCAGGAAAUUCUGUGUACAGGGCAAAGUGUGCCUCCGCAGGUUGGCACAUAAUUCUUGGAACAUAGAUAGUGAAGUCUACAGUAGUUUUUUUUAACUCUGUGUUAACAGAAAAAUUGCUUUUCGUGCUGCUAGGAUGCAUAAUGCAUGUAAGCAUUAUUGAAUGCUGACUGUGAUAGAGCUUCUGUGCAAGGGGCAUUUUUAUUUCUGGUCUGGUAAUUUGCAUUCUCAUAAAGUAAAGCAUGCAUGAGCAUGUUCUUUUCAUUUCCUUCUUUAUGUGGGAUUUAUAGAUAAAGCACAAAUAAAAUAUUUGGAUGGCU